AUGCCUAAUGUACAGCGAAAGAGUGAUGGUGCCACAAUUGUUAAACGAGUACUUCAGCAACUGCAUAAGGGGCAUCCCGGUGUUGAACGAAUGCGCUCCAUUACACGUCAGUACGUUUACUGGCCAAAUAUCGACGAAGAUGUUUCCAAAUUGGUCAAAGCCUGCAAUGCUUGUGCCGAUGUGGUGAAAACCGACAGAAAGACAAAUUUGGAGUCUUGGCCCGUUCCGAAGAAACCCUGGCAACGGAUACAUCUAGAUUACGCUGGCCCUAUAAAAGGUCAGUACUACCUUAUCUUAGUGGAUUCGUUCUCAAAGUGGCCCGAAGUUAUCCAGACAAAGGACAUCACUAGUGUGGCAACCCUGCGCAUGCUGCGUGGCGUUUUCGCCAGGUUCGGAGCCCCGGAGACACUGGUGACAGACAAUGGAACCCAAUUCACCAGUGAACAGCUCGAGAAGUUUUGUCACGAUAACGCAAUUCUACACCUGAAAACGGCCCCGUUUCAUCCACAAAGUAACGGCCUCGCAGAAAGAUUCGUGGACACCUUCAAAAGAGCACUUCGCAAAAUCUCUGCAAAGGGAGGAACAGUGGAUGAAGCCAUCGAUACGUUCCUACUGUGCUAUAGAUCUACGCCGUGCCGUAACGCACCAGAUCUCCCGCUGAAAUCUUACUUGGCAGACCCGUGCGAAUCUCUCUCGAGCUACUGCGUCCACCAACUCUGCUCAGUAAGGAAACUCACAAGAGUCAAGCGGAACAAUUUAACCGAAAGCACAGUACAAAAGCUAGAUAUUAUCAACCGCAAGAUACCGUCUGGGCGAAACCGUUCCGGAGUAAUAAAUGGUACUGGGAAGCUGGAGCGGUUGUUGAACGAAUAG